AUGUCACUCCAACGAUGGGAGCGUCAAGCCCAACGAGGCAGAGACAUCCUGAACAACUCCAUCCCCAAACAAUGGCUUGCACCAGCCAAUACUCUUCCUCCAGUUACGCAGAAGAAUGUGAUGGAUUUCCCAAGAAAGAGUGGACUUCUGACCGAACGUGAGCUUUUGAUCACCGAGCUCUCCGCUACACAACUAGUUGCAGAAAUGGGACUAGGAAAACUCAAGGCUGAGGAAGUAGUCGUGGCAUUUCUGAAGAGGGCAGUUCUAGGUCAACAGCUGCUGAAUUUCGCGACGGAAUUCCUGGCAGACGAGGCAAUCGCCCGCGCCAAGGAACUGGAUGCGCACUUUCAACGCACUGGAAAACUAGUCGGGCCUCUGCACGGCGUUCCCAUUAGCGUGAAAGAGCACAUCGGCAUGAAAAACAAGACAUGCAACACGGGUUAUGUGGCCUGGGUCGACGAAGUCGCUACCGAAGAUGCCCACUUGCUUCAACUGCUAGCCAAUGCUGGUGCAGUGUUUCAUGUCCGAACAAAUCAGCCCCAAGCUCUCAUGCAUCUUUGCUGCAGUAACAACAUCACUGGAGCAACCCUAAACCCAUACAAUCGCACCUUAACCCCAGGAGGGUCGUCGGGUGGUGAGGGGGCUUCGACAGCAUUCAAAUGCGCACCUCUCGGUGUUGGUACCGAUAUCGGUGGAUCUAUCCGUAUUCCAGCUGCCUUCUGUGGUUCAUAUGGAUUCCGGCCUACAGCGAUGCGUAAUCCACUUGCCGGAGCUAAGGUCGCGGCUGCUGGACAAGAGACAAUCCACGGUGUGAUUGGGCCUUUGUCGAGCAGCUCGUUGGAAGAUCUUGAGCUAUUCCAAAAGACUGUUCUGGACCAGGAGCCCUGGAAUGUAGAAACAUCCUUGGUUCCCGUUCCGUGGAGGAGCGUUACCCCUACUCGUGAAAUGACUGUGGCCAUUAUGUGGGACGAUGGAUGUGUCCGGCCCCAUCCCCCAAUUGUUAGGGCCCUGAAGCUUGCGAAAGAAAAAUUACUAGCGGCUGGAAUAAAGGUCGUUGACUGGGAGCCGUAUAAGCAUGAUCAAGGAUGGAAAAUCAUCUCUAGUCUUUAUUACCCCGACAGCGCUGCCUUGCAACGCAAAAUCAUUGGUAAAUCAGGCGAGCCAGUCCUCCCGCUCACUGACUGGGUCUUCAACUUCUCCCGACCCGUCCCACUCACGCACCCCGAAGCAUGGGAGCUGCAAUACGAGCGUGACGUCUACCGUGACGAAUACAACGCCGUUAUUAAGAGUCGUGGUGUCGACUUCAUCCUUUCUCCUGCCUAUCCCGGUGUCGCAGCUGUGUAUGGCGAAUCACACUACUGGAACUAUACUGCGAUCUGGAACGUUUUGGAUCUCCCCUCGGUUGUAUUCCCAUCAGGAGUUACAGUUGAUCCGAAGCUGGAUGCAUUGAGUGAGAAGGACAAGACAUAUAAGCCGCGCAAUGAGGCUGAUGAGAGAGAGUGGAAGAGAUAUGAAAGCACGGAGCGCUAUGAAGGUGCACCUGUCGCGUUACAGAUUUCCGGUAAGCAUUUUAAGGACGAGGAGACUCUGGCUGCUGCCAAGUUGGUUGAAGAAAUUAUCAAGGAUGGGAAGACAGCGUCUAAGCUUUGA